GUCAAGGCGCCCGCACUCGCGUCACAAGCACUCACUCCGCUUCGCCGGAGUAUCAACCAGCCCCUUCUCACUUGGACGGACGGGAGGACGGAAGGGUAGGUAGACUGACAAGCAGGCAGGCAGGUACUGGAAGACACACACGCACACAUGGGCGUGAGAAGACUCGGCGCGCUGCUGCUGCUGCUGGCGCUGUGCGUGCUGGCGCUCGUCAUGGCGCAGGACACGACAAGCAACUCUACCACCUCCACCACGACGGCGGCAUCUUCGGACGCUGCUGACACUGACAGCUCGUCCGACACGGCCACGACUGCAACGAUGGCGCCGGCUACGACGACUGCCACGCCUGCCACGACGACUAAGACGCCCACGACGACGACCAAGACGCCUACUACGACGACUAAGACCCCCACAGCCACUACGCAGACACCUACUGCGACUACUGAAGCUCCGACAGCGACGACCGAGGCACCGACAGCUACUACUGCGGCGCCUGCUGCCACGACGGCGGCCCCCUCGGCCACGACGGAGGCUCCUACUACGUCGACCGCUACGUCGGGAUCGACGGACACCACGUCAUCCGCUGCGCUGGACUCGUCCGCGACAACUUCCAUCUACGGUACGGCGGCGCCCAGCAGCUCCGGCGGCUCGAUGAGCGCCGCCAACGGCAGCUCGAGCACGUCCAGUUCGUCCAGCUGGAUCGUGCCGGUCGUGGUGGCCGCCGUGGUGGUGCUGGCGCUGGUCGUCAUCACCUUCUACGUGCGUACCCGCAAGCGCGAGGACCUGGACCUGGACCGCCAGAGCGACAUCUUCUUUGAGGCCCCGCGCUCGAACACGAACAACUACGCCAACGCCGCCGGCACGGGCGGCGUGUCGGCCGAGGAGCGCGCGCAGAAGGAGGUGGUGAUGGCCAUGCGCAAGGAGUCGGCGGUGACGGCCGCGCCGGCGGCCAUCCCGUCCUCGGCGUCCAAGAUGCGCAGCGACUCGGUGACCGGCGCCGCGCCGCUGCAGACGCGCAACCGCCAGGACUCGGUGCCCAUUCUGGCGGAGCGGCCAGAAGCGCCUGAGCCGCGCUUCACGCUGCAGCAGCAGGUUGAGCUGGAGCAGUCACAGCACUCGAUGCGCGUGGCCGGCGUGCCGCGCUCCCCGCAGGCGAUGGUGAGCCCCGUCGGGUACGAGCCGGGCACCUCGUUCGACCCCGGACACUCGUACGAGCCGUCGCACCCGGCGCCGGGCGCGUCCGUGCCGGGCGUGACGCUGUAAGAGGCGUGUGCUAGCAGACUACUGUGGGGGAGGAGGCGGCGCGGUUGCAGUAGAAGGCGGGGUUGCGCCGGCGUGCCUUGUACACUCUUUUUUUGCUCCUAGACGCGUGGCGGCGGUGCCGCGCUGCUCCCUCGAUAGCUUUAAUGAACCAUACCUAAAUCCGACCAAGUGGUGAUCAAGCACUUGAUCAGAGAGUGGAUCAAGUUGCUUUGUUUUUCAUGUGCAG